UCAAGUGAGCGCUGAGGGAGAGAGGAGAGCGAGCGAGGUGUCUCGUGCGGAUUUCACUGACAGAAGGCGCGCGGAGGACUUAGCGAUUAAACCGUACUUAUUUGUAAAUAUAUAUUUUGUUAAAUUUACACAGAGGGAAAAAAAAGGGGGGAAAGAAGUGCCUGGAGAGAGAGAGAGAGAGAGAGAGAGAGGGGGGAGGAAUAACCAAAACGCAACACGUAUCCGGUGGGAUCCCACUCCUGAGAGAGAGAAGCGGCAGGAGUUGGAGCGAGGGGUGCAAGGAAAGCGAGAGGGAGACAGAAGAAGAAGAAGAAGAGGGGAACGAUUUGACAUUUCACCCGUAACAACGCGUUUUUAACUAAUAAAGAGGAAUAAUGAGGAACGUUUGGAUAAUUUUGACCCUCGGCCUCACCGCCGUCCUCUCCGGGGAAAGGAUAGCAGAAGGAGCCAAGGCAUCAUCUCAGGCUGAUGACUUGUACCUGGAUGACACAGGCUCAGGAGGUUAUUACCCUGAAGACGAUGAUGACUUUAACUCAGGGUCUGGCUCAGGUGGGGGUGAAGAUGCAGGGGAAACGGUCACUGUCAGUACGGUUUAUUUCGAGCCCAAUGCAGCAGAACCCACCCAGGACUCCACCAAAGAUUUCACCCCCAGGGUGGACACAGCCACGGUCAGAGAAAAGGACAGCACACCCAGGAAACCAUUCACAACAGACGCACCAGUGCCAGUUACAGUGGGAGGAACGCAGAGGAACCAGCUGACCAGUACAACUAGUGCCCCCGGCUCACCCCAGGAGGCCAUUGAAGUCCGCACUGAAAACCUCUUCCAGAGGACAGAGGUGUUGGCAGCUGUUAUUGCAGGCGGUGUGAUCGGCUUCCUGUUCGCCAUCUUCCUCAUCCUCCUGCUGGUCUACCGCAUGAGGAAGAAGGAUGAGGGCAGCUAUGACCUGGGAGAGAGGAAACCUUCCGGCGCAGCCUAUCAGAAGGCCCCAACCAAGGAGUUUUAUGCAUAAAAUCCCACCCUCGCAUCACUAGAUUGACAAAUCUCAAGUGACAGUCGCAGUCGACGAUAACAGCAAAUAUGUUCAAACACAAGAAACAACAACAAAAUGUCUUCAAGUCGAUUAAGGAAAAAUAGCAUAAAGGAAAGCUUUUGCAUAGAGUAUUGUAAUUAAGACCUUUUCUUUCUUCUUUGUUUUUUAAAAAUGAAAACCAAGCAUUUCCCAUUUUAUGGCAAAUCUCAGUGUAUUUAAACAUUUUGUGUAUUAUUUGAAAAGGCUGAAAAAAUGAAAACAGGAUCUGUAAAUCGCAUCUGUCUUCUGUCAAAGAAGCUGUUUUUAGUCACUGACUACUCUUAACUGUAGCAGUAUGUUAUUUGUAAAGAAAAAAAAAUUUAAAAGUGGAAAUAAUUGAAUAUAAUUAUUCUGUAUCAAUCCUACGUUCAUUUUUUUUCUUUUUAUUUUGUCCUAGCAUGUCUGAUGUUGAUCUCUAAAGGUGUAUUACAUUAAUUUAUCUUUUAUCUCUGAUGUUAAAAAAAAAAUGCCUUUGUAGUUUUGAUGAAGCUCUUUGGUCUUCAUAUUAACGCUGUUAACGGUCAAUGUAAAUGUUCUCCCUUCAGGUUACAAUGUUUAUUAUUUGCUCUCACUCCAAUUUUUUUUUUUUUUUUUUUUUUUUUUUUUAGUGGGCGUUUCAUUAUGUCUUGUUGAUUUGUUUGUCUCUUCUCAGUGUAGCCUUUUUUUUUUUUUCCUUUUCAACAGCGUUUUAUUUUCAUACCAGGAAUUGGUCUUUAAAAGAUAAAAAAUAAGUGUGUCAGGGCUCAAGAAAAAUCACAAAUCUGGCUUCUGUUUGAUGUCUUGCAGGACUUCUUUUCUAUUUAAAUGCAUUCUCUUUCACGUUGCACAUUCACUGCUUUUGCUUCCCACUGCUAUCGUGCAGCUUCGCGUGUGUUUAGUGUUUUGGGGUGAAGUUUCUUCUCCGUGGCUUGUGGUGUUUUUGGCCCAAAGCCACCUACCUCCCCAGCGUGUCCCUUGAGUUUACUGACUGCAACCAAACUCUGCUAACAUCUCUUUCCCCCCUCUCCUUCUCUCUGUUUGCCCUAACCUCCCUCACUCCCACCUUCUUUUUAAUCAGAUUGGAGCAUGGCCAGUUGGGCUGUCAAUACCCACGCUCCCCCCACCAUCCACUCUCUCUCUCUCUUUCUCACCGAGCUGUAUGGAGCCACCUGGGUAGCCUGGUGUCAUUGUCUGUGUCCCAGUGUUGAUGCUUAAGGCCCAAAGAUCUGCUCAUAGAAGGCCUGCUACUGCUUGGACACAAACAAACCAGGCCGGGGCUGAAUCCCCACAUGCAGAGCACAUACCUCUGCAUAAAAACAACACCAGAACCCUCCUCUAGAAGCCUAGUUUCUCAGAGGGAUUGAUAAAUAAGGCUGCACAGAAAAUGUAAGACUCGAGUGUUAACGUUUGAAUAGUUUUUGAGACUGACAUUGAGUGCUAUUCAUGCGUUUUAGUGGUGAGUGCAGGCAUUUCAAAAUAGCUUCUGUUUAAAGAUGAGAUUGUUUGCCAGGUUUGCAGCCUACACAAGCGGUUUGUUUUUAUGCCAUUUUGCAUCCCCAAAUGAGUUUAACCGAAUAAAAGGCCACAAAAUGGCUGCUGCAAAGUAGCUGCAUAGCUACAUCAAUGGAAAACAAAGGUUACUGUCUUUUCCUUUUUUUUUUUUUUUUUUUUAAAUUGUCUAUAUUAACUUGCUCUGAAGAGACACGUGUUUUGUCUGGCAGGUUUGUGAAGUUGCCUUUUCCAGCUGUACAGUAAUGUGAAGUAGAUACAGUAGAUGCUGUCACAUCGUCUAAACUCCUAACACCACCCACAUGCAGCUGUUUCACCCCUCUACCUCUCCAUCCCUCAUGUUCCUCUCUUCAUCUUUCAGUCUCUCUGUGAGAAUUUCCCCAUUUCUGUUGUCCUUUCUUGUCAUAGGACCUAAGGUACUGAACUAUACUGAAAAACCCAAAGACUCACAGUAUUUCUACUCCCACCAUCUUCUCAUACCCACUCCCCUCCACCAUGGCCACAUGAUGUUGUUUCCUCAUUCUCUCUUUUUCUUCACUCUUAGUUUUUUUUCCUCUCUCUCUCUCUCUCUAUUAGAGACCUGACCUUUGAGUCCAAUUGCUUAUUAGUAUAUGAAAAGAUAUAUAAAUAUAUAUAAAUGUAUAUUCACAAAUGUUUUAAACCUUCAAAGUGCCUACCAUUUGGAAAUGUACUUGCUCAAGGUGAGCAUGUGGCAGGUGUGUUACACAAAGGAGGGGUGUAAACGACUUGACUGGCAUUCUGUGAGCAUGGAUGACUGUAAUGGUAACUUUUUUUUAGUCUUACAAAAGCUGACAGUAUUGUACCUAUAAGUUGAAACAACACUACUGAAUAAACAUUGUGGCCUAAUA